AUGAGUUCGGGUUAUGUUCGUAUCCUCCGCCCCACACGCUACAUAUCCUGCUUUCACGAACCUGCCGCUCCGGAAGCAUAACCGAUGGAUCAACAACAUAUACUCUGCGAUGAAGUUCUAGUAAACGGCGGCAAAACAGGACUGACUUUGUCAACCGACGGCAUACUCCGGUGGUAUGAUCACGGCAACGUCCUUCAGUGCCUGUCCGUCGAGAAAGAAGUUCUCGGAGUAUCAAUGGUCGGACAACAGAUCGAAAUCAGGUCAUUUGUUGAGAUUGACAGUGGCGGAUUUUGCUUUGGUUGUAGCAGAAGGAGUUUGGUAAGGAAGAGCUUCAAUUUCGAGCCAUUGUCGGAGGAUUCUCUAAGGAAUUUGUGCGAGAAGAUUCAAGGCUACAUUGACUCUUUAGGCCGGCCAAAGAAGCUGUUUAUAUUUGUUAACCCGUUUGGAGGGAGGAAAUCCGCUUUCAAGGUUUUUACUGAUGAUGUGAAACCUAUACUCGAGGAUGCUAAUAUCGAAUAUAAAUUACAAGAAACUAAAUAUCAGCUUCAUGCGAAAGAAGUUUCUCAUACAUUGGAUCUUACAAAGUACGAUGGCAUUAUUUGUGUAAGCGGAGACGGCAUAUUGGUUGAGGUUGUCAAUGGUUUGCUUGAAAGAGAAGACUGGCAAGCAGCACUGAAGAUGGCUAUUGGAGUUAUACCUGCAGGUACUGGAAAUGGCAUGAUAAAAUCUCUUCUAGAUUCGGUUGGUCAGCCAUGUACAGCUGCUUAUGCUAUGCUUGCUGCAAUUCGAGGUCAUAAACGCUCUCUAGAUGUAGCCACAAUUUGGCAAGGGGAUACUAGAUUUUAUAGUGUCUUGAUGCUUGCAUGGGGGCUGAUAGCAGAUAUAGAUAUCGAGUCUGAGCAGUAUCGGUGGAUGGGAAGUGCUCGAAUGGAUUUCUAUGGUCUUCAACGAAUUCUAAGACUGCGGAGAUAUAAUGGAUGUAUUUCUUUUGUGCCUGCUCCUGGCUUUGAAGAUGUAGGAGAGCCAAGCAGUUUAGGUGUUGAAUCUAUGGAACCUCUUAAGGCUCGGCAGCAUGGUUAUGAGGGCCCUAAUGUUGAAUUGGGGAGUUUAAGUUGGAGAAAGCUUAAUGGUCCAUUUGUUUCUAUUUGGCUUCAUAAUGUUCCUUGGGGUGCUGAAAACACCAUGGCUGCGCCCAAUGCCAAGUUUGAUGAUGGUUAUUUGGACUUGAUCGUAAUGCGGGAGUGCCCAAAGAUGGCAUUGAUAUCCUUGAUGUCGGGAUUGAGCAAUGGGCAUUAUGUGAGAUCACCGCACGUCUUGUACAUUAAGGUGAAGGCCGUUAUCUUGGAGCCUGGUUCAAGGACGAUAGACUCAACCAAAGAAGGGAUCAUAGAUUCAGACGGGGAAGUCUUGGCAAGAGGUAACGGAACGUAUAGGUGUCACUUAAAGUCGUUGAUGGUCUACGGCAAGAUGCAAAUCGUCGUAGAUCGAGGUUUGGCUACUUUGUUUACCCCUAUUUAAAUUUGUAUUAUUUGAUUUCUCUAAUCUUGUUUCUAGCAUCUCCCAUGAUUAUUUUUUUUAGAACACAAAUAAUGACAAUUCAAGUUUUCUCAA